UCCAAAAUUAAGAAUAAAGUAAAUACUACAGAAAGGGAGCUUUCACGAUGGCUUGCUUUGGGAGGAGCACUACACAGGACUUGACGUACAACAAUGCCUUCGAGGACAAGUCGACGAGGCGCAGCUUUGUAAUGAAAGUCUGCACCAUAACGGCAUUUAUGCUGCUUGCAACAACGGGGGUUAUGGCGAUCUUUGUGGCCAAUGACGAUGCCAAAUUGUGGCUGCUCAAACAUUGGUAUCUGGCCGUUGUGGCCAUCUGCAUUCAGCUGGUAAUUCUGAUGAUGGUGUGCUAUUGCCCCUUUCUUUUCCGCAAGAAGCCAAUCAAUUAUAUAUUGCUUUCGAUAUUUGUCGCUGCAGAAUCCAUAACGUUAUCCUUUAUAACAAUGCGAUACUUGCCCUCGCAGGUAUUAAUGGCCUUUGGCUACACGGGUCUCCUGGUGGCUGCUCUGGCCCUGUUCGCUCGCUUCGCUCCCUGCGACUUCACCGGCUGUGGUCCCUAUUUGCUGGUGCUAUUUCUUGUGAUGUUAAUCAUGGGCAUUGUCAUGAUCUUCUAUCGGACGCACUUGAUGCUCUGCAUAUACUGCAGCCUUGGCAUAUUGGUGUACUCGCUGUAUCUGGUAGUGGACAUACAGAUGAUGAUUGGCGGUUCACACAAGAACCAGUACAGUGAGGAGGAUUACGUGCUGGCUUCCCUCUCCAUCUACAUUGACGUUGUCCAUCUGUUUAUGUACAUACUAAUGUUGAUAGGUUUACUGGAUGAUUAGUGUGUAU